AUGGAGUCCAAAUACACCUUGGCCCAGAACAGGGCUGCGUUGGAAGAAUUCGUUCGCCAGCCUGUCCGGACCUACAUGGUUCAGCACCUUGCAAAGCAAGCCUCACAGGUCAUUCGAUGUGACCCAGAGCCUCUGCCUUCAGCAGACUCUUUGCCCACCCCUCCCUCGACGCCGCCUCAUCCAACUUCAGCAGAGCCCGCUCAAGCACCCCUUCCGAGCCUCGAACAGUUCAUCAGCUCCCUCGUCAACCGCUCUGCCGUUCAAGUGCCAACGUUGAUGACCUCCCUGGUCUACCUUGCCCGUCUUCGAUCAAGACUGCCACCUGUGGCUAAGGGCAUGAGGUGCACCGUUCAUCGUAUCUUCCUCGCAUCCUUGAUCCUGGCAGCAAAGAACUUGAAUGAUUCAAGCCCGAAGAACAAGCACUGGGCAAGAUACACGAUGGUAAAGGGCUACGAGGGCUUCGGGUUUGGGCUGGCAGAGGUGAAUCUGAUGGAGAGACAACUCCUGUACUUGCUUGACUUCGACACCCGCGUCACCGAACAGGACUUGUUUGACCACUUUGAGCCAUUCCUCGCUCCUAUUCGCUUCCAGAUGGAGCUCCAGCAAGAAGAGGCAGAACUCAUCAGCGGCCACCGCCAUUGGCAUUCUCACCAGACCUCCUACGACUCGACCAUGUCCGUCCCGCCUCUCACUCGCAAGGAGCCGAUCCAGGCCAUCGUUGCGACGCCCCCACCUAGAGCGGUGGGUGUCUAUGAUUCCCCCGCCUCCUACAUUGACGAGGACCUGGCGAGCGGUCGCUAUGGAAGACACAAGGCCAACAACAGCUCGUUGUCAUUGCCCGCUCCCAGCCAUCGACGAUGGCCAUCACCCUUCCGCCAUCACGCCAACACUCGAUCGGUGUCGCCGCCAUCCAUUCGAGAUCUUCCGCCUCUGGUUUCCUCCGGCAGACCUGGCACGAUGCACAGCCACAGCAGUUCCCGUUCCUCUUCGCUGGCGCCUUCCUCACGCUCUAGAUCUUCCUCUCUCGCGCCCACUUCCCGCGGCACUCCAUACACUGCAUCGUCCAACAUCGACGACAGCAUUGUGGUGGUUGAUCUGACCCAGAGCCCUGACGCCUCAUAUCACAGCACCUACGGCAAGGCUAUCUCGGCAUCGCGGCCCAGCCUCAAAGGUCACCAGACAAGCUUCCAGGGCGAAAGCCAACAGCCCGCCAAGAAAGUCAAGUCCGAAUCGGUGGGGGGUGUGAUGGCGAGGUUCUUCAGUUCUGCCACGAGCAACUAUCGAAUCGGAAGAACACCUAUUCAACAGGCAGCUUAG